CCAUGAGGUAAAGUGCAAUUUUUAGCAAUUACACAAAUUGAUAAGAGGGAAGUAUCACAAAAUUAUGAUCAAACUGGAACAAAUAUUCUUCAUAUUGCAACUUUAUUUUUCUUUUUUUCUCUUUUUCUUAUCCUUGUUCUUAAAGAUACAGCUUUAUUAAAAAACUAGUUGAACAAAGAAUAAAGUGGGACAAAAAUCUGCUUUUUUGUUUUUUUAAUUUGUUCUUUUUUAUAUGAAAUUGAAGUCACUGAUAAACCUAUUUUAUUCCCUCUGUUCUCUUUACAACAAAUUCGUCCGGAGAAUUUUGAACAAACAUAAUCCAGAUCAUGACAAUAAUGUGUCUGAUCACUGAUAAGAUGCUUUUCUAUGUAAGCAGAAUAAACCAAAAAAUAUAUAUAUGUGAUAGUGGGGCUUCCUUCAUUUCACUCAUCAAACAUAAAUGGGGUUUGGAUUUUCUUUUUUCCGUAUCUUAUUAGCUUAUUUGCUUAAAUACGAUUAUUUUAGAGUCUCACUUUUUAAGUUAUAAUCUUGAAUUUAUUAACUUGCAACAAAUAAUUGAGAAAUAAAUUUGUGUAUGAAGAUUAAAUAUUGAAUUUAUUCGAACAGAAUAAGAAUUUUUUCUUUCAAAAAAGGGUUAAAAGAAGACGUAUGCACUGUACCAUCAAGAAUAAGUCAACAAACUUAAAGGUUUCAGAAACCAUGAAAAUGAAGCAACAUAAAGUAAUAAAUUGGUUUUAAAAUUAUGGCAUUAAGUGGCGACUCCAGAAAAUUUUUUUAGGGUGUUUCUUAGACAAUUUAAUAAAAAAAAAAAAAGAAAUUCAUAUAUUAACACCAACAACAACCAAAAAACACAAAUUCAUAUUUGAAUGAAGAUUUUCUAAGUUAAUACAAAUCCGCUUAGAAGAUGAAGAUGAAUCUUUCACAAAAAAUAAAUCUUAGGUACAUGGUUUUUUUAUCAAAUAUUUGUCAAUAAUAACUAGCAAAAUAAUAAACAAUAAAUUAUAAAUCCAUUUGAAAUAUUAAUAAAAUUAUUAAUUAUUUUUAUUUAAUUGUUUAAUUAUUUUUCUUCACUAACCACUAGCAAUCUAGCACACACCUCACUAUUUAAUUGAUUUUGCACAAUGUAAAGAAUACAAAUACACUGCAUCAUCCUCCUAAUUCAACCCACCGUCUAACAUAGUUCAUUUUUUAUUUUUUUAUUUUUGUCUUUUAAUAAUGUGUUGUAUUGGGUGUUGCUUUUAAGUGGACCAGGACCACUACCUCAAUCCAAUGCCACGGCCCCACUCCCAUCCCCCACACAAGAGACAAUACCCAAUCAAUAGUUAACAGAAAUGCACAAUUACAUAUUUAAAUAUAUACACUUACACAAAAAGCCAAUUUAGCCAAAAGAGAACUAGAGGAAAGCGUAAGUCUAGGUCAGAGCAAAGAAAAAGAGAGAUUUCAAAAGGCAAAAAAAGAGUCACAAGGACAAGGCAGAGCAGAGAUGAGAUAAAAGAACAAGAGAGAGAGAACACCGCUCUCAGUGAGGCUCAGAGCAGAGAUGAGAUAAAGAAAAAGAGAGAGAGCUGAAAUACCUUGAUGUUGCCUGAGGUUCUUAUCCCGAUCUCGCCGUCACGGUGUCGCCAAUCUCCGAUCUGGGCAAGGGAAUCUCUGAUCUCGCUGUCGACUGCUCUGGGUGUGGCUGUUGCAGCGUUGCUAAGUCGCUUUUGCAGAGGACCUGAGGUUUCCGUUGCCGUUGGUUGUUGUCGUUGAGCUGUUCUGCAUGCCGCAUGCGGUUGGGUAUGUGAGUGGAGAUCAAUAUUAUGAAGCAAAAGCUAGCAUAAAUGUGUGGGCACCUCGUGUGGCUAAUCAAUAUGAAUUCAGUUUGUCUCAAAUGUGGGUCAUCUCUGGUUCAUUUGGCGAUGACCUUAACACCAUUGAAGCUGGUUGGCAGUUUAGCCCAGAGCUGUACGGGGACAACUAUCCUAGGUUCUUUACUUAUUGGACUACUGAUGAUUAUCAAGCAACGGGGUGUUACAAUUUAUUAUGCUCCGGCUUUGUUCAGACUAACAAUAGAAUUGCAAUUGGGGCUGCAAUCUGUCCCAUUUCCUCAUACAAUGGUGGAUAAUUUGAUAUUAGCUUAUUGGUUUGGAAGGUAAAUUAAACUUCACCGCAAAAUAUAUAUAUAUAUAUAUAUAUAUAUAUAUAUAAACCUAGAUUUGGUUGCCAAAAUCAAUUUUUUAUUUCUUUGUUUCAGCGCUUUUUUUUUUUUUUUUUUUGCUCAUGAGAAAACAAUCAAACACAAAAGGAAUGGCAUGAAUAGGUUGUACGUUAGUUUUAAAAUAAAAAUAGGAUAAAUAAAAUGGAAAUAGAUAUAGCAACUUUUGUUUUUAAUUUUAUGUUUUUCAUAGUUGAGGUCAUGGCCGGUUUGGCCAUUAUUUGUUUUAAGGUAAAACUUGCAAUGAUAUGGCCUACAUACGACAAAUCAAGAAGAGUCUAAAGAGAAUUUGGUGUGUAGAAUGACAAAGCAUCCACGGCCUUGGAUCUCUAGGCCCCACCAAAAUAUAAAAAUAUUUAAUGAUAGAUUUGCGUUGGACCAUUUGAUCUAAGUACUUUCCUAGCCCAAAAAAGUCCUUAGGUUUGAUAGUCAAUCACCUCUAGUACAGAUUUUUGCCUCUAAUAGAUUACGAAUUGUUUUCCUUUUCUUUUUAUUAUUCAAGUGAAAUGGCAAUUCGAGUUCUUUUUCUUCAACUGGCUUGCGUCACCAUCACCACCACCACCACUACCAACUUCACCUCCUCCCAUACCUCCACCUCCACCAUUGCCUUCAAUGCUAAAAUAGGACUAGUUGAGACAUAAACCAACCAUGCUGAUGAGAGAAAAUCAUGGAAGUUAGAAGUGGUACAUAGAGAUAGGAUUCACCCUAGUAGUUUUUAACAGCGUAUGAAACGCAAUGUCAAAAGGGUGGCAAAUCUUAUCCACCAAUUAGAUGAACAUGGAGUUUACUAUCCUGAGGUGGAACAUUUUAAGGAAGUUGUAAGUUCAGACUUGGGGAGUGGAGAGUCUUUCAUUCCAAUAGGGCUUGGUACACCUCCAACGCCUCAAUAUUUAGUUAUAAACACUGGA